GGGGCUGGGGGGCCUGGAGGUCUAAUCCGAGAUUUUCGGACCCUGGUCGCGCCUGCGCAGAACAGGGUCACUGCUGGUAGCUGCUGGACAAGUGGGGAGGGUGGGGAACCCAGUGUGGCACUCGACCCCAACCCCGCUUACUGGAGCAGGUGAUGGGCUCAAGGGGGUAGCGGGGCGCCUGACGGGAGAAGCACGUGACCAGCCCCACACGCCCCAGCGGUAUCGCCUCCGGAACCCCGAUGCUCUCAGCGGCCCCGCCCUCCGGCCCCACCCGCCUUCGGGACCCAGCGGAGAGAGCCGGGUCGGGGCAGGGAGACCCUCGCCCUCUCCAAGGAGCAGGAAGCUCAGCCCGCCCCCCUUCCCGGCCUCGCUGCCGGAUCGCGGUGGAGCCUGGUUUUCCCACCUCAUUUCUUCAGGGUGGUGGGGAGGGCUCUCAGGUCCCCCCUUCCGCGAGUGGGAGCCCUUCUACACCUCUGUGAUAAUGCUUAUCCCCCAAUAAACCAGAUUUCUGCUGGGUGACUAGAUUCAUUUCUGGGACUGGAUUGUCAGUGAUCAAGUCUCAGGAUCCGCACUCCAGUCUGUGUGGCAGCAUCCUGCGGGUCACCAUGCCGGCCCUUCUGGAACGCCCCAAGCUCUCUAACGCCAUGGCUAGGGCAUUGCAUCGACACAUAAUGAUGGAGCGGGAGAGGAAGAGACAGGAGGAAGAGGAGGUAGACAAGAUGAUGGAACAGAAAAUGAAGGAGGAACAAGAGAGGAGGAAGAAAAAGGAAAUGGAAGAAAGGAUGUCACUGGAAGAGACCAAAGAACAGACCUUUCACUGUUUCCAUGAUCCUCCCAGAUCCUUAAAUUGCAAGAGAAGCUCCUGGCCCUACAAGAGGAGAAGCACCAGCUCUUCCUGCAGCUCAAGAAAGUUUUACAUGAGGAGGAGAAAAGGCGCCGUAAGGAGCAAAGCAUACCAACAAGGUCUGGCUGUACACACAGGGACACAUCUUCUCAGCAUGCAGGGCAGCCCGGGAGGACACAGCAGACCAGGAACUCUUAUGUCUGCUGAUAGGGCCAAGCAGAUGUUUGGACCCCAAGUGCUUACGACCCGUCAUUUUGUGGGGUCAACAGCUUUUGCAGGAACCUCAGAACACGGGCAAUUCCAGAGCAGUCCAGGAGGAGCCUAUGGGGCAGCCCAGCCCCCACCUCACUAUGGACCUACCCAGCCGGGUUAUAGUCCCAGCCAACAGCUCAGAGCCCCUUCAGCUUUUCCUGCAGUUCAGUACUUGUCACAACCUCAGCCACAGUCCUAUGCAGUACACGGCCACUACCAGCCCACACAAACAGGGUUCCUGCAACCGGGCAAUGCCCUGUCCCUUCAGAAGCAGCUGGAACAUGCUAACCAGCAAUCUGGCUUCUCUGAUUCGUCUUCUCUGCGCCCCAUGCAUCCCCAGGCUCUACACCCAACCCCUGGGCUUUUAGCCACACCCCAGCUUCCUGUACAGAUGCAACCAUCAGGAAAGGUGAGGAUUCAAGUGGGAUUCAGACUUUCUGAGAAUGGGGUUAUUGACACUAAAAACUUUCUGUUUUGUUCACAACAGUCAAGCUUUGCAGCCACCAGCCAACCAGGCCCCCGUCUCCCUUUUAUUCAGCACAGCCAGAACCAACGUUUUUAUCACAAGUAACUUAACUCAGGGCAAUGUCCUGCCUCCCCAGUUCUCCAACUAAUAAAGUUAAAACUGCCAUCAGA